CGUGUUCACCCAGACAACUUGACAGAAUCUCUCUGAUCUUCUUAUACUCCUCGACAUCCUCACACGUAAUUGCAAUCAGACACAAUCCACAUCAUGGCGCAAGUCGACGAACUCACAUUCUCAAAGGCGUUUCUUUCUCUUUUGUCUAAUCAGCCGAUCAAGUAUGGCGAAGAUUACGUCCAGGAUCCAAAGUCUCUCGGAUCCAAGCCUGGCUUGGUUAUCUUAUCCCCAAUGCCAAACCCAAAGCGUCGCAAAGCCGACACAGCAACUGCUUCAGACUCCAAGCAAGCGACAAUAACAAUCAAAUCUCUCAGAGCACCCAAAUUCAACGUCACCGUCUCCGCGUCCUACACCGACACCAUCUUCACCCUAAAAACCAAAGUCUCCGCCGAAGCCAAGAUAUCCUGCACAGUUAAACUGAUAAACAAAGGGAAAGUGGUUCCGGAUACAAAGACUGUCUCAGAGAUCGUCGACGGGGAAGGAAAGGCUGCGUUGAUGGCUAUGGUUUCCGCGGUCGAGGAAGGUGCCGCCGAGAGUACAUCGGCCGCUGAGAAAGCGGCUACGCCUGAGCCUAUGCAAGAUGUCAAGACUGAGGCGGAUAGCCUUGAUAUUGGAGAAGAUGUGUGGACAGCUAUUGAGGCCACACUGGUUGACAAGCUGAGCGAAGCUAAGGGAAAACGCGUACUGAAACGGCUACGGGACGUUUGGUAUAAGGAUCUUUAAUUGUUACUUGCAUUAUCAGUCAAAGACUGUAAACAUCUCUAUCUAAUAAACAACCGCCAUAACCUUCUUCUGCUCCUCAAUUUGCUUAUAGCACUGGCUGAUCUUCUUCUGCCGCACUUGAAUAUCAUCCGCCAGAAAUCUCAUGCGAUCACUAACAUCCACCGCCGGUCCCUUUGGCGUAAACAAAGCAGACAGUUUGACCAAUUCGUCCUCAUCCUUUGAAAUUCCGGCAGACAGAACUCCCACGAUUGAGGUCAACCGCGUAAUCUCCUGGUCGGCAUAGAGUCCCUUGUCCUGGAUCAAACGCUUAAACGCCGCCCUGUAAAUUGGUCUUCCCGGCUUGAUUGCGUGGGGUCGUCCGUCGCGUUCGGUAACAGUAAUCAGCUCGGCGUGUUCAAGAGCUGCAAUCACAUCACUGUUUCCUUUGAAAA